AUGCUCCACUCACGCAUCCGUCCGCUAACCCGCCGCCAACCGGCAUCUUCCAUCUCCACUGAGUCUGCCCCUCCCCUCGACUUCCACGAUGAAGACAACAGCAACGACGACUCCUCCGCUGAAGACAUAUUCUCUGCCUUCCUCUCCCAUCUUUUCCCCGACGACGCGCCCUCCUUCCAUGGAGACCCCGGCCAGCGCCUCCUGUACACCUCACCGCGCUACGGCGACCUCGAGAUCAUGGUGCCCUCCUACCCGGGCCAGAGCGAGCGCCGCUCGACGGAGAUCGCCGUCGGCCUGCCGUCAGAAGAUGGCAGCGUGAACACAGUCGACGAGGGCCGCAAGCUGUUUGCACAUUUCCUCUGGAGCGCUGCGAUGGUGGUUGCCGAAGGCGUGGAAAAGGCCGACACCCUCGCCGCGCGCGGCGAGCUCGACGCCGACACGGCCAUGUGGACGGUGCGCGGCGAGCGCGUGCUGGAACUCGGCGCUGGCGCUGCGUUGCCUUCUGUUAUCUGUGCGCGUGCGCACGCUGCUGCUGUCACCAUCACUGAUCACCCGUCGUCGCCUGCAUUAACCGGCGCUAUCGACUUUAACAUUCGACGUAAUCUGGCGACGACAGAAACUAAAGUCACGAGCCACCCGCAUAAAUGGGGCACGCUGGAAUCGGACCCGUGGGCCGUCGCGCACCGCGGCACCUUCACCCGCAUCAUCGCGGCUGACUGCUACUGGGUGCGCUCGCAGCAUGAGAACCUGGUGCGCACGAUGAAUUGGUUCCUGGCGCCGGGCGGGAUGGUCUGGGUCGUGGCGGGGUUCCACACGGGGCGCGCGAUUGUAGCGUGGUUCUUCGAGACGGCCGUGCAGAAUGGAUUGGAGAUCGAGCGCAUCCACGAGCGGGAUCUUAUUGCCACCAGCGAGGAUGGGGGCGAGGUGCGGCGUGAGUGGAUGCCCGAGCGUGAAGGCGAGGGGCCGGAGAAUCGGCGGAGAUGGUGUGUGGUUGCUCUUUUACGAAGGAGAGAGUAG